UACUCUGUAUUGACUGUGAAUUCAAAAUGUUUGUUGCAGAAGCUAUUCCCGCCAUUAAAAUCAACUUAAGAGCUCACCAAAAACACAUUUUCUCUCUCCUUAAAACCUGUAACUCCAUAAAACAGUUAACCCAAAUCCACACUCAAAUUCUCAUCAAUGGGUUUUCCCAUAAAAAUUUCCUCAUUGUUAAGCUGAUCUCACUUUAUACAACUUAUGGGUAUUUCCGGAAUGCUUGCAAGGUGUUCGAGGAAAUGCCUAGCCCAUCAACCACUGUUUGUAAUCAAAUGAUUAGAGGUUAUGCACUUAGUGACACACCACAACAAUCAGUGGAAUUAUAUUGCAGAAUGUUGUAUGAAGAAGGAUUAGUGCCUGAUGAAUACACAUAUUCUAAUCUUGCAAGUGCUUGCGCGCAAUCUUUGAUGUUCAGAGAGGGAGAACAGAUUCAUGGGAGCGUUUUGUCAAAUGGGUAUUACUCAAAUAGUUUUGUUAGGACCAAUUUGAUCAAUUUGUACUUGGGGUUGGGAGAUGAAGUUGGUCUUGUGAAUGCUUAUAAGGUUUUUGAGGAAAUGUCUGAUGAAAAUAAUCCUGUAACUUGGAAUUCAUUGCUUUCAGGGCAUAUCAGGUGUGGAGAUUUUGAUGGGGCGGUCAGAAUCUUUGAUGGGAUGCCAGUGAGGAAUCUUGUUUCUUGGACUACAAUGCUUUCGGGGUGUGCUCGAAAUGGAUGGUAUAGGCAUGCUUUAUUGUUGUUUCAAGAGAUGAGAAGAACAGGUUUGGAAUUGGAUCAGGCGUCACUAACUGUAGUUUUGUCAGUAUGUGCUGAGUUAGGGGACUUAAGCACCGGGAAAUGGAUUCAUUCUUAUGUUAAUAAGGCAUUUGAUGGGAGGACACGAGACAGUUGUGUACGUUUACACAAUGCCCUCAUUCAUAUGUAUGCUAAUUGUGGAGUGAUAGAAGAUGCAUGUAGGAUCUUUGAAGAAAUGCCAUGUAGAACCAUAGUUUCAUGGACAACCAUGAUCAUGGGAUAUUGUAAGCAUGGAUUUGCUAAGAAAGCUUUAGAGGUUUUUGAAUGGAUGCAAAAUUCAGAUGAAGUAAAGCCUGAUGCCAGAACACUUUUGGGGGUUCUUUCGGCCUGUAGCCAUGGAGGAUAUGUUGAAAAGGGGUGUCGAUAUUUCAAUGAAAUGGAAGAAAAAUGGGCAAUUAGCCCCAGCAUCGAGCAUUAUGGUUGUCUGGUUGGUCUUUUGAGUCGAGCAGGAUUCUUGGAAGAAGCACAAAGGCUUAUAGAGACUAUUCUUAUGGAGGCCAAUGAUAUAGUUUGGGGUGCACUUCUUUGUGGAUGUAUGAUUCACAGGAAUCCUGACAUUGUUUCCUAUGCAGCUCAGAAACUCAUAAUGAAGCCUGACCUGGAGAAAAUUGAGUAUCUUGUCCCAAUGUCAAAUAAUUAUGCCACUGCCAGAAGAUGGGGAGAGGUGGCUAUAUGGAAGAAUAUGAUUGAGACAAGCUCAAAAAAUGAUAACAGCAGGAGUUGGGUGCAGAUAAACGAAGUAAUUCAUGAAUUCAUGGCUGGUGAUAUACAUACCACUUCGAUAUAUGAGAUGCUAAAUAGACUCUCAAAUGAAAUCAGAUAUGAUGACAAUCAUCAUGAUACAAGUGAGGAGCUAAUUAACCUAUAGAGGGUGGAAUUUUUCUGCAGGCCAGGAGUACUAUUCCAUAAUAUCUUGACAAUCAAAUCGGGUAACAUAGCUGUGUGCCUGUGUAAGUUUAUAAUAUUUGAGAAGUGAGAAUCUGCAGAACAAUCUAGCAUCAUCAGUGUCAUACUUGAUUAUGAUUGAUUGGGAUAAUAUAAAUCCGAAGUCAGAGUUCAGCUGUUGCUGCCCUGUACAAAUGCUGAUUCGAGGAA